CACGCUAAUCAGCAGAACCAUCCGGAACUCAUCGACCCAAAAGAAAGUCAUUUGAAGCACACACACACACACACACACAUACUUUGCUGCCAUAGAAACGUGCCACGUGCCUGAUCAACUGGUUAAACCGCAUCAACAUUCCUGGCCUGGCCUGUUUUGUGAUAGAGUGCAGAAGACCCUCACGAUGGAUCGGUUAGGUGUACUGUCCGCUUUCGUUCAACCGAACAAACAUUCUAGUCAAUUUCGCAACCCUUUCGGUGGUCGGCCAUGGAUGGAACAGCACGGUGCGGCUGCCGCUGCCCCCGGUGCCAAGGGGCUAAAGGGCAUCGUGGCCGGUGGCAUAACGGGCGGUAUCGAAAUUUGCAUCACCUUCCCGACCGAGUACGUGAAAACGCAGCUGCAGCUGGACGAGAAGGGUGCGACCAAGCAGUACAACGGUAUUAUGGAUUGUGUGAAGAAGACGGUCAAGACGAACGGUGUGCUGGGGCUGUAUCGUGGGCUGAGCGUACUGCUGUACGGUUCCAUCCCGAAAUCGGCUGUCCGGUUUGGAGCGUUCGAAAGCCUGAAGGGACGACUGAUGGACACGAAUGGACAGCUGAGCACGUCCGGCAAGCUGCUCGCAGGUUUGGGCGCGGGUGUGGCCGAAGCCAUCCUUGCCGUAACGCCCAUGGAGACGGUCAAGGUGAAGUUCAUCAACGAUCAGCGUAGUGCGACACCCAAGUACAAGGGUUUCUUCCACGGUGUCGGUCUGAUUGUGCGCCAGGAGGGUCUGUCCGGGGUGUACAAGGGCCUGACAGCGACCAUACUGAAGCAGGGCUCGAACCAAGCGAUCCGAUUCUACGUGAUGGAAUCGCUGAAGGACCUUUACAAGGGUGACGACCCGUCCAAGCCGGUGCCGAAGAUGGUGGUCGGUGCGUUUGGUGCCGUGGCCGGAGCUGCCUCCGUGUUCGGCAACACGCCGAUCGAUGUGGUGAAGACGCGCAUGCAGGGUCUCGAGGCGGCCAAGUACAAGAACACGGCGGACUGUGCGCUGCAGAUCUGGAAGAACGAGGGACCGAUGGCGUUCUACAAGGGUACCGUGCCGCGUUUGAGCCGGGUCUGUCUGGACGUGGCAAUUACGUUCAUGAUUUACGACUCCUUCAUGGAUCUGUUCAACAAGUUCUGGCACUAGAAGAAUGCAACCCGGAACUGGUUUGUUGAAUAGCACGUUCCCGCUUCAGAUCAAUUUCCCUUGCGAAAGCUUCAUACGACGAAAGUGCAGCCGAAGGUUAAAGUAGUUAAGUGCAAAGCGAAAGCUUGGAAUGUACCCUCGAUAAUAGGCAUUUUCUGGGGGAAAACAUUGCAACACAAAAACGGGCAGCAAAACGACAUUCCGGAGUACAUUCAGGGAUUAUAAGGUUAUUAGUGUAGGGCAAGAUGUUAGAGAGUCGAAUUAGAUGGGAGUCUUAAUGUGCUCCCAACACGUUUCCUAUUAGACGUUGACGAUGCACGAAGUAGGUUUUCGCGAGGCGCUGAAACACACCUCAUUGGGGACUCUACUAGCUGCACAGCACAAUUGUUAGGGGGCUUUAUAUAGUAGGGAUGCACAUCGUCCUCACCACUGUUAAACACGUGUCAGAAGUCGUCCCCAUCACAACAAAACCCCCAAAUUGGUGCGCAAAGAACAAAAUAAGCUUAAUGAUGAGAUGCAAGCAGACGAGCCAAACGAGUCCCGUCAGUCUGUUUUGGGCGGGCGGGGGGGGGAUGGAUCUCCUUUAAGGAGCAUUGAAAAUCAACAUCAAAAAUUGACCACGGCAGAUCACGGCAAUAACUGUAAAACAGCCAUUUCCGUGUUCAAGUCUUUUUUUUCUAUUUCUCUCUCUCUAACUUCUUUGCUUAAUUAUUCUUCACUAUGCGUGAUGGACGUGGAUGUUCGAGAAGCAACAAAGUACUUUAAAAUGAUUAUUUAAGGCUUCAUGUUUUAAGCAUCGCAUGCAUUCCGCAUCGUCUUUUUUUGUGUGUUAUCUGUUCACUGUGCUUGUGUCCCCACGUAAGCCAACCAAAACGAUGUGGGGAAUUCAUUUCUUAUUAAUGUGGCAUUAAAUUUGGUUUCUGACAAUUAAUCUAUUAUUGGUGUAACACGCCCCAACAUGUUGGCUGCUUGUUGUUGGCUUGUCUAAUGCGCGUUAGUAAACGAACGAACAAACAAACUAAAAAACGAAACAUUUCCUGACUCGUAUUUAUAUACACUUAUAUAUAUGUAUACAUAUAUCUAUAUACAAUGUCGUAACGUGUAACCUUAGAGGGUUUUUUUUUGUUUUAUUCUGUAGAGGCAAGCGUGUUUAGAUUGUGACAGUUUGCAGGAAAUAAAAUUAAGACCGUAACGAGUGGCAUAAAUUU